AUGCCCAUAUCCCGAUUGCACAGCCUUGCAUUUAUAGUCGCCGGGCUAGCAGUGGCACUGGCUAUCUUAGCAUCCUCGUACGAUCUUGCGUCCGCUGCCAAGGACUUUGUGACUUUACACGUGCUUCCAGCCGUUACUUCGAACCCUGAGCAAAGAAACACUCACAAGGCUGAAAUGGCAGAGCAAACCCCCAAGACGCCCGUAUAUUUCGUGUCCCACGGAGGGCCAAACCUCGUGGAAGAAACAGAUCAUCCGGCAUAUGCAAAACUACAGGAGAUCGGCAAGGAGAUUACAAGCAAAGUCAAGCCAAAGGCAGUGGUUCUCUUCUCCGCUCACUGGCAAGGCCGGAACGACAAGGUGCUGGUAAACACAGCUGAGAUUACCGACCUGAUCUACGACUUCUAUGGCUUUCCGGAUUGGUAUUACUCAAUCAAGUAUCCUCACGUAGGGAGCCGAGAUCUGGCACAGAACGUCAUGUCAAAGCUUGAAAAUGCCGGCAUUGGCUACACGCCGGUAACCCGAGGUCUCGAUCAUGGUGCCUGGCUCCCACUACUUGUUGCAUUCAAUCCUGAAAAGAACCCACUGAAUGUCCCCAUCGUUCAAGUCUCUCUCUUCAAGAACGAAAACCCAGACGAGCACCACAGACUAGGAGAAGCUGUGGCAGCUCUUCGGGAGGAGAAUAUCCUUAUCCUAACGUCCGGCAUGGCCGUGCACAAUUUGAGGGAUCUUUGGUUUUCCGCGGGCCAAGACCAGCCGAUGCCCUACGUUUACAGCUUCGACAGUGCGCUGAAGGAUGCUGCUACGGCUGAGCCAGGCCAAAGACAGGCGAAAAUGGCCGAAAUUUUGAAGCGAGGAGAUGCCCGCCAAGCCCAUCCAACCUUCGAACACUUGCUGCCAAUUCAUAUCGCCGCAGGUGCGGCGGGCAGUGAUGUCGGUACUCGUCUGUUCACCCUCGCGGACGGGAGUAUGAGCUGGGCGCAGUAUCGAUUUGGAGAUUUGGCGGGCAACGCGACGGUUGCGGCCAAGUUCUAG